ACGGAGAUAACACAGCCGGCAUCGCGUCAGAGCGCAGAGGAGCGACGGGAGCCGCGCGAGGAGGAAGAAGCAUCUUUCUCAGAGGAACGAGCCGGACUGGAUUCUUUCUUCUUUUUCUUUUUCUUGGACUGAUUAUACUCAUAAAUAUUCACUAGUACCAGCAUGCCUGUCAUCAGAACUCUCAGCAAGGUGGCCCAGCAGGCCCUGCUCGGCACCCCAGGGUGUGGCUGUCAGCCCCUGACAGUGGCGGUGCGCAGCAUCAGCUUCUCCCCACGUCAGGUGACGUCUGAUGCCAGCUUCCACUCCGUGUCCUUCUCCGAGACAGACCACCCCAAGGUGCUCAUCACAGGUGGUCUGGGACAGCUCGGGGUGGGACUGGCCAAAUUACUGAGGAAAAGGUUUGGGAAGAACAAUGUCAUUCUGUCAGAUAUCAGGAAACCUUCGAGCAACGUGUACCACAGCGGUCCCUUCAUCUACUCAGACAUCCUGGACUACAAGAACCUGCGGGAAAUUGUGGUGAACAACCGCAUCACCUGGCUGGUUCACUACAGCGCCCUCCUCAGCGCCGUCGGAGAAGCCAAUGUGGCCUUGGCACGCUCCGUUAACAUCACCGGCCUUCACAACAUCCUGGACAUCGCGGCGGAGCACGGCCUGCGUUUGUUCGUCCCGAGCACCAUCGGCGCCUUCGGCCCCACCUCCCCCCGAAACCCCACGCCGGACCUGUGCGUGCAGAGACCCCGCACCAUCUACGGCGUCUCCAAAGUUCACGCCGAGCUGAUGGGAGAGUACUACCACCACCGCUACGGGCUGGACUUCCGCUGCCUCCGCUACCCGGGAAUCAUCUCGGCUGAUUCUCAACCCGGCGGCGGCACGACAGAUUAUGCCGUCCAGAUCUUCCACGACGCCAUCAAAACCGGCAAGUUUGAGUGCAACCUGAAGCCCGACACGCGGCUGCCCAUGAUGUACAUCGACGACUGCCUGCGCGCCACGCUGGAGGUGAUGGAGGCGCCGGCCGACACGCUCAGCAUGAGGACCUACAACAUCAACGCCAUGAGCUUCACCCCGGAGGAGCUGGCCCAGGAGCUCCAGAAGCAGAUGCCGGAGCUGGAGGUGACGUACGACGUGGACCACGUACGACAGGCCAUCGCCGACAGCUGGCCAAUGAACUUCGAUGAUUCCAACGCACGGAAGGACUGGGGCUGGAAACACGACUACGACCUCCCAGAGCUCGUCCAGACGAUGCUCAACUACUUCGGAGCAGAAACGCGCAUGGCUCGUGCCAACUGAGGGCGGCCGGCGCUUCAUUUGGAGUAUUUUUUUUAUUUGUAAAUAAUGUGAAGACUGACCAAAGAGAAUAGAGAAACAUGGCCUGUACAUAGUCGUUCUCUCACUUCUCUCUGCAAAAUCAGAAAGGGCUCCGCUUGCCUGGCGCCAGGCUCCCCCCCCCCCCCCCCUCACCCCCGUCUCCAGAAUGCAAAGGUGUGUGCGGGUCAGACAAUCCUCUCUGCUCCUGUUCAUCCACUCACCCCUCCCCCUCCCUCCCCCCGAAGGCUGUCGGCAGUAUCAGGGAUAUGAACCUGGCCUGUGGAAACUUGUUGGGAUGAAAAGGAAGAUGACUCGUAUGUGGAGGAAUUGUGCAAAAAAUUUUUCUGGGAAGAAAAUUCGUGUUAAAAAAAAAAAAAAAGGAGGAUUUACAUACGUGAAGCAUUUUAAGCGUUUCUACUCGCUUGUCUUUCACUCUCUAGAUGGGUCAGGGUUUUGUUUUUCUGC